AUGAAUACAACACAAGAGUUCUCACGGCCCGAUCUGGUGCGUCGGUUCACUGCUGAACUCAAAGACGAUUCAGAUCUAGCUUCUCAGGUCAAGUCGUACCAAGGAAACUUGGAUGCAGAGAUCAACACACAAGAGAAACUGCGAAUGGAUCGUAUUUAUUAUGAUCAACCAUCAGUAGAGAGUUCUUUAAAAGGACUCGAACUAGCUCGUCAAACACUCCAAUCCAAAUGCGAUGAAUUCUUCAAAUCUUUGGAUGAGAAGGUAGAAGCGGAAAAGAGCAAAUCAGGAUUCUCACGACUCAUCCACCGAAACGCGACCGAACAGAAACUGGCUAGUUACAUCCGCCAACGAGGGGAGCUCACAGUGAAUCAAGUCACUUCAAUCAUCAAUGAAGUUGAGACUCAAUGGACGGAGUCAAACAGCAAGGCGGCGACGAACUUCGUAAAGAUAUGCCAAAAGUUUGACGCACACAAGCAAAUCUUUCAAUGUUUCCCAAGUCAAACCUCUUACACCUCUGCUCUGUGUGGUGCUAUCACGAUGGUCAUUCAGGCUUCGGUUAAUUACUCGACUAUUGCGGAAAAGCUGUCGGGCUAUAUAGCAGAGCUAUCGGAGAGCAUCGCUGUUUGUACACAGUGGCUCGACCUUUAUGACAACCCGGCCAUGCAAGAGCGACUGUCCGAUAUCUAUACGCAAUACUUCCAUUUCUUCAUCAGGGUAGCCACCUGGUAUAUGAAACCAAAACCUUCAAAAUGGCUCGAUUCCUUCAACUCAAACUUUACUACGGGCUACGAGGACACCACCGAAACGAUCAAACGCUCCAUUCGACUCAUCCGUGAUCAGGCCUUAAUCGAGAACGCAUGGCAGCUAAACAAGCUUGAUCAGUCAUUUACCUCCUUUGAAAAGCGGCUCGCUACGUGGGUAAAUGAGAUUCGAAACGAGAAAAACGAGGCUGGCGGAACAAUGGCAACCCUGAUGCUGCAGAUGACUGAACGCAUGGGUCAAUGGGAAGAACGCUUCGAACGCAUGCAGCUGCAAGGCCAACACGAGACCGGAAGAACAAUAGCACAAGGUACUUCAUCAAUAAACGAAAGAGAAAUUGCAGAAAUUGUCGAUGUUCCUGGGGGCCUCAACAGGUCGGAGGCCAAAUGGGUCUGUCAACGCCUUCAGCCGAAAAUCGAUCAAAUGGGAGGCUGUGAUGGAAUCAGACUCGCCCUCCAAACGGGACGACUUGUCGCCGAGCCUGCUAUUGUCCAAAUCCUCGGGAAUUGGGCACAAGCUACAUCGGGCAAUUCUCUCAAACUUUGGAUUAUCAGCCCCUUCGAAACAGGCCCACAAACCAGCGCCCAACUCGCUGCUCUCGGGGUUAUUUGGACGGCAAUCCGAGCUCGAGCCCAGUUUGUAUCUUACAUCUGCCAACGACCCCAAUACGGGAGUAUCCCCGAGAUUCGCAACGUCGAAGACAAAGCUGGCGUUAUGGCGAUUGUUUACAGUUUAAUCUGCCAGCUACUACAAUUCCAACUGCCUGAUGACAGAGUGUACCUACGGCCGGAGAUUUUCGAUCGACUCACGCAGCCAGGGGAGCGUUGGACAACAGGUUUAUCGCUGCUUAAAUACCUGCUGGAGAAUACACCUACCCUACGGUACUGCAUCAUCUCUAGGCUCAAUCUUCUUGAGGGAAGCGCACGGGACAUGUGCCAGGAGUUUGUGGACUUGCUCUUUGCACAUUCCAGGAAUGCGCAUUGGCCAGUUCGAAUUCUGUUCACUACUUCUGGGCAGUCUAGGGCGCUUGGUGGUACCGUGGACAAAGAAAGCAAGGUCGUAUCUCACAGUACUUUUCGUCAGAUGAAGGGGAGGCUGAUAUAUCGAGAUGUUCAAAUGUCCAAGUAG